AAAUGUAAGUUUUUAAAGUGUUUUUUUUUUUAUUUCUAUACCUAAUUUACCUAAAUGUACCUACAUGAAAGUCAACCAUCAGACGAAAUAAUCUGCCUUAAAGUCACACUAGAAAUCACAGAACCGUUUGCUUUAUUGCGAAAGUCUCACCUAAAAGAAAUAACUGAUUGAAAAUCAUACAAAACUUUAAAUGCAAUAAAAGAAUAAUUAACAAUGAAGUAAUUCACAUUUUGUGAGAAAAUGCACACAACAGUAACAUCCCUGUUUGGACAUUUCCUGACUAUUUAUGAUAAUCAUUGCAAACUGUUGCAAAGAAGGGGCAGGUGUGAAUACAGCUUUCACCCAUGCAUGAACCUCUCCAACACCUCCCCACCAAGUUUCCGUUUGUGAGUUUUAAGGCCGAUCACUGAAGGUGGUGAAGGGGCUCUGCAAGCCAAAGUGUUAAUUCUUUCUCUGCAAGCCAGACAUCCUUUUCCUGCAAGCAUGGUACGCAUAGUUGGUAUCGUUUGCCUCCUACUCAUCCAACUUAACGGUAAGAAAUCUUUUUUCCUUCGAACAAAGCAACUUUUAAGCUACAGAUUUUUUUGUGUCCAUCUUUGCUGUUACAUUGAAAUAAAAAAAAGCACAUCAUGAGUUUUUUUUCCUAAAUAACCCAUUUUUUUUAUUUUAAGGAGCAACUGAGAGUGGUAUAACAGGUGGCAGUGUAGCAAAGCCGCAUUCCAGGCCCUAUAUGGCGUCACUCCAGAUUCAAAGACAGCAUGUAUGCGGUGGGAUGCUUAUCAGGAAGGACUACGUUCUAACCGCAGCACACUGCAAAGAUUGUUACCAAGACAUGACGGUCGUACUCGGCGCACAUAACAUUAGCAAAGGGGAGAAAAGUCAACAAAAGAUCGGUGUGAGGAAGUACCACGUUCAUCCACAAUACAGUUCCAGUGGGGGAUUGGUGUAUGACAUCAUGCUACUCAAGUUGGAAAGAAAAGCCCACCUCAGCCAGUAUGUAAAGACAAUUGAAUUACCAGCAGAAGAUGAGGAAAUUCUUGCCAAUGUGUACUGUAAAGUUGCUGGUUGGGGCAAAACUGGACCUCAAAAACCUCCUUCAGAUGUUCUGAGGGAGGCCGAAGAGAAGAUCCAAUUCAGCUUUGAGUGCAAAAAUAUCUGGCAAGAAAAUUUCACUUCCCAGCAAAUGAUCUGCACCAAGUUUGACAGAAGGAGGGGAGGAAUAUGUCAGGGGGAUUCCGGUGGACCUCUCAUCUGCAACAACAAGGUCCAAGGCAUUGCUGCUUUUACUUUUAAAGACGACUGUGAAAACAAAACGUAUCCGCAUGUUUUCACUAAGGUCCAUUACUUUCUGCCGUGGAUCAAGAAAGUGAUGCAGGACUGAGGCAACCUUUUUAAAUGCAAGGUUUAAUACAAUUUACGUGUAGAAAACUGAUAGACGCUCUAGGAGAGCAACAAGAUGUAAAGUAUUUGCAUAUAGCAGGAAAAAAA